AUGGCUGCCUGGUACGUGUUGAUCCCGGUCGUCACCGCCUUCUACGCCAUUCUGACGUGCGGCAAGAAGAAGUCGACGCAGAAAGCGCAAAGCACCUCCGACGCAGCCGCCGCGGCCCCCGCCGUGCCGGCCCUCGAUCGAUUCGCCAUUACCGACCUGAAGAAAGUCGACAUCAACGAACCCGACGCCGAGAACGAGGCCAAAGUUAAAUUUGACAAUGAAGUCUGGAAGCCGAAGGUGACGAUCAAGUCGAUGACGAUCACCGAGGCCAACUACAAGGACGCCCUCAAGCGGUUCAACGGCGGUCCCGUCCGGCAUGAGGACCCGCCCAAGCAGCUCCCAAAACAGAAGCCGAAGAAAGAUCUGAAGGUGAAGCUGAUGGAGAAGUGCACGGUGUACAUCGUCUACAAGGAGGACGCGUGCCGGGCCGGCGAGAAGGACAUUGCAGAUACGGUAGACGAAGAGCUGCCGGCCGACAAGAACUCGUCGGACGAGAAGAAGCCGAGCUCGUCGGAGGAGAAAUCGGGCGAAGUCAAGAAA